CAUAUUCUCUAUCCUCAAAAGAAUCAUAAUUUUCCCGCAAACUAAGAUAUAUUCAUUAAGUAUGAUAGCCAUACUCCUUGGCAUAUUAGUAUUUGUAGUCGCCAUUGUUUUGUUGCAUCCAAAGGAUGAUCGGAAUAAAGUUCCACCACCAGGUCCCAAGGCAUUGCCACUCAUCGGUAACCUCCACAUGUUAGGAACACAACCACACCGCACCCUCCAAGCCCUCGCCGAAAAAUACGGACCCAUAAUGUUCUUGAAGCUAGGGCAAGUUCCAACUGUAGUUGUUUCUUCUCCGGAAGCUGCUAAGCUAUUCCUCAAGACUCAUGACCUAGAUUUUGCAAACAGGUCUAAAUUUCAGGCUGUGGAGAUGUUUUUCAAUGGCGGAAAGGGCAUUGGGAUGGCACAGUACGGUUGGUAUUGGCGGCACAUGAAGAAGUUAUGCACAUUGCAACUUUUAAGUGGAUCAAAGGUUGAGAUGUAUGGUCCUUUAAGGAGGAAGGAAUUGGAAAUGUUGGUGAAGUCUCUAUGCAAUGCUUCUGCGUCAGGUGAGGUUGUGAAUCUUAGUAUGAUGUUGAAGGAGCUUUCUGAGAAUAUCACAUUCAAGAUGGUGUUGGGUCGAAAGCAUGAAAGUAAUAGGUUCAACUUAAAGGCCCUUGUUGACUUAGUCAGCUUGGCUGGAGCUUUCAAUAUUGCAGAUUACGUGCCUAUCCUUGGCAUCUUUGAUUUUCAGGGAAUAAGAAAGAAAGUAAAUAAAUUAAGAAAAUCAAUUGACGAUACAUUGGAGUAUAUUAUUGAAGAUCAUCAAAAUACCAACUACGAUGAUGAUAAUAAUAGUCCACAGAAAAAGGAUUUUGUUGACAUAUUGCUAUCAUGUUUGGAUCAACCCAUGGAUCCUGAUGAAGAACACGAACAUGUUAUAACAAGAAAUGACAUCAAGGCUAUUAUAAUGGACAUGAUUGGUGCAACAUAUGAAUCAUCAACUUCGGCAAUUGAAUGGGUUAUGUCAGAGCUACUAAAGCAUCCAAGUGUGAUGAAGAAACUUCAACAUGAGAUACAACAUGUAGUUGGAGGAAUUAAUAAACAAGUUGAAGAGAGUGAAAUAGAGAAUAUGCCUUAUUUGGAUAUGGUUGUGAAAGAGACCUUAAGAUUAUACCCAGUUGCACCUUUGCUAUUGCCUCAUGAAUCUCGAAACGACGUCGUUGUUGAUGGUUAUUACAUAAAGAAAAAUACAAGAAUCAUAAUAAACGCAUGGGCAAUUGGAAGGGAUCCAAGAGUUUGGUCAGAAAAUGCAGAGAAGUUCUAUCCAGAGAGAUUUGAACAUGAUAAUGUAGACAUUCUUGGACGUGACUUUAGAUUCAUACCAUUUGGUUCUGGUCGAAGAGGGUGCCCUGGAGCUCAAUUGGGAUUUGCAACUAUCAAGUUUGUUGUGGCUCAGUUGGUGCAUUGCUUUAACUGGGAGCUUCCUUUUGGCAUGUCUUGUGAUGAAUUAGACAUGAAUGAAACAUUUGGCAUCACUAUACCAAGAACCACACACUUGCUAGCUAUUCCAACUUUUAGGCUAACAGCUGAAGCUGCUAGUAACAAAGAAUAAU